AACAACGUGAACAAGACAAUCAUUUAGCUCAAAAACAACGUGAACUAGAGAAUGAUAUAGCGGUACAAGAACGACUUCAAGAUAAACAACAACAAGACGAUUCUCUAAAAGAAAACCUGUUUAGUUCUUAUCUCAGAGAUAUUACCGAUUUGACAUUACAUAAUAAAAGUAUUAAUAUCAAUGAUAGGAUGCAGUAUAUUCGCUCAAAAACAUUAACUACUCUACGUCGCUUGGAUUCAGAGCGUAAGCGAAAUUUAAUAUUAUUUCUCUAUGAAUCCAAUUUAAUAUCCUAUGACCAAAAGAAUCCACAAAAACAUGUUGUGGAUUUGUCGGGUGCCGAUUUGAAUAAUCUAAAUUUUACAUCCACAUCAAAACUGAAAUAUUGGCUAAAGAGUAUCAAGUUAACCAAUGUUUAUCUAAUCAAUGCUACAUUUAUCAAUGUUUAUUUGCAUCGUGCUGAUUUUACCAAUUCAAUUAUGACCGAUUCGAGUUUUUCAGAAUGUGUACUUUCUGACAGUUUCUUCAAAGGUGGGAUCUUGGAUCGAGCCGACUUGACGAAUACUGUAAUGCAAAACACAAUAUUUUAUAGUUCAUCAUUAUUCCAAACAAAUUUUACCAAUGCUCACAUUGAUCACGUUGAUUUUCGAAACGUUAAUUUAAGUCGAUCUAUUAUAAGUAAUAAACAAUUAUUUGAUACUGGAAGUGAUCUACACAAUGCAUUUUUGCCCAAUGGUAGUUUCGGUCCGUUAUUAGAUCAGAAAAGUCUGAUUAGCAAUGGUGAUGGAGAAAAAGGAAAAUGUGAUAAAUCGAACAAUACGUCAGUGAAUGACAUACCUAAUUGGUCACCAGGCAGCAGUACGUUUAAAUAUAGAACACAAGUUAUUUCCUAUGAUAGUAAUACUUUAUUGAGAAAUUUGACAAAUAAACAAGGUUUAUGUUUGUUUUCUGGUUAUAAGAAUCGCACAGCCAUAGUACAAGCAAUCGAUGUGGUCAUGUGGUCAUUGUUAAUUGAUAAUGAACAAGCACUAUUUUUUCUGUCAGCAUUAUUAGGUGGAAUAACAAAUAAGCUUGAUUUUGUAAAGCUUGCUGCAAUAUUUUAUUCACUAAGUCUUCAAGAGAUAAGUAGAAUUCAAUUAAGUAAGCCCAAUGUACACAAAGAAGUCGUCAAGCUGUUGAUUUACUUUGUUUUAGAAUCCGUUACGAAUGUUGAUCGACAUAAUCAAACGAAAUUGCUAUAUCGAUCUUAUAAUGGUACAUUACCCAAAGGAACACGCCAUCUAGCAAUUAUCAUUGACUUUUCGAAAAAAGAUAUAAGCUCACAAAACAGUGGAAUUUGUGAUGAUAUCCAAUUCUUGAUACGGAAAAAAGUAACCUAA